AUGGCCGCGAACCCUCACCUUCUUCCCCUCUGGGGGGAGGCCCCGGUCGCGGGGUCGCGGGCUCCGGCGCGCCUCGCCUCUGGGGCCUUCCGGUCAGCCUUCCCGGGUGCCGAAGAUCAGGCUGAACUCGAGGGAGGCGGAGCUGUUCUGUCGGGCGCAAGCGAGCGGAGCGCCUGCCUCCCGCCAAGGCCGAGCGACACCGAGGCGCUGGUGCUGAGGGCGGAGCGACUUCGAGAGGACAUCUUCAGCGUCCGCGUGGCGGGGCGGUACAGAGCUGAACUGAUUAGCGCCUGCCUCUUCAUGCGCCACGGCGCGCGAACCCCGAAAGACAGUCUCGGCGUCGCUGCACCCGGCGGUUCGACUUCAGCUUCCCCCCCAGCCCACCGCGGCGGUUCACCGUGCCCAGGAAGCGCCGGCGGCGCAGAAUGUGACGCCGCGAAAUCUGACACUGCGAAAUCUGCUGUUGCCGCCGCCGCGGCAGGCCCCGCCACGGAAGAAGCGCCAAACGGCGAGAACGGCGUUCAAAGUGCGACGCAGACGCAUGCAAAGCCGGGCGAGCGCGGCUUGGAGAUCUGUGGGCCUGCAGGGGGAAAGCCGGUCUCCGUGGGAUGCACCACGGCGUCAUCGGUGAGCGCGUCCCUGGUCGGUGCCGUCGACUUCGAUCUCGCCUCGCUUGCCUCGGAUGGCAGCAACAGCGGCCGCGAGGGCCUUCUGGGCGUCUUGCCGGCGCCGGCCCCCGCGCCGAGCGGAGGGGCCGCAGAGACGCCGUGCGGGGCCCUGGAGGCCGGGAAGACCUCCAGGGCGACCUGCGGCUCUGCUAGCGGAGACGCGACGGUCGCUUCUUCGGCAGGCCUUGGAGGCGGAGAACUAGAUCCGACCGCGGGACACGCGACGGAAGCGGGGACGCACCGCGGGGGGGGAAGGGGGCGAACCUCGAGGAGGAGGCGGUGGAGCUCGAAAAAGAGCUGCGACUUGCCGUCUGCACAAAAAAAUCCGGGGCCGAGCUCUGCGGGAGUCAGCAGGAGGGCCCGUGCGUCGACGUGGGCGACCUUCUCGCGGAGCCCAGCAGAGAGAGCAGUGAGUGUGCGUCUCCAUGUGCGGCAGCAGCGUGAGAAAACCGAGUCUGGCGGACGAGGGGGCGCUCCUUUUGCUCCUUCGUUUGGCGUCGCACGUUUCGCUGAGGGUCUGAACGCGCGGCAGGUGCGGGGAGGCGCCUCGGAAGAGGCCGAGGGCGCGAGAGACAGGACGCGUGACGCGCGAGGCGUUUGCGCUCCACAUUCCGUGGACGCGGGCGUGAGGACCCCUGCAGCUGCGUGCACCAGUGCCGCUUUCGGCGACGCAGCUCUCGCCUCAGCGCCUGCGAUUUUUUCGCCUUCGCGCUCAACUCUGUUGUUUCCGCCGUCUUCGCCGGAUCCCCCCUCCACAGCUUCUUCCGCCUCCUUCACGCCGUCUUCCCGCUCGCCGUCCUCAUCGCGGGCCGAGACUGCGCCGCGCACGGACCCCUCCGCCGCGUCCCGCUCUUGCCUUUCUGCGUCGGCAGCGACAGACACAGGAAGACGACUGCUCGCAGUAUUUUCUGAGUUGCCUCGAAAGGAGCGUUCUGGGAACGCGUCUGAGGCCUUCUUUUCGGCUCUCCCCCCCGCCUCGACGCCUGCUGCGCCUGCCGCCGCCGCGAGCGGCGAGGGCGUGGUGCUGACGCCGCACGCGGCCUCGCUGCCUCUGGUGCCUUGCUCCAAAGGCCCCUGCCCCGGCCGGCUCCCAGCGCCCACGGCCUUGACGAGCCCGCCGACCGGGGGGGGAGCGGCGGCCUUCACCGCAGAUCCUUGGCCCUUUGGCUGUGCCCCGGGCCUGCUCACCGCUGCGGGGUGGCAGCAGGCCGCAUGCAUCGGCUGCUCCCUGCGACGGCGACAGCGCGUCAUCCUGAGAAAUGCCUUCCUGCGCGAGCGGCUGGUCGCCCUGGAGACCCGCGAAGCUGAGAUCCGCCGAAGACAGAGGCGCCAGGCCGCCAAAGAGGCUGCAAACCUCGCAUCGAAAACGGCGUCUGACGGCGCUACGUCGAGAGGCGGGGGCUGCGUGACCCUCGGAGCCUUCCGGGGCACCCAGCGGCGGAAGCGCGGGGAGGCGAAGGCUGAGGGCGGGGUGCAGGCGCGCACGCGCAUUGUGAGGAGAAAGGACAGGGAGGACGCGCCUCCUGCACCCUCGCCUCUGGAUAGCUGCACGAACGACCCCGGUGUUCGCCUUUUCGCGAGCUCUCACGAGGCCCCGCAGUCUCUCGCUUUCUCGGCUCCAUCUUCUGGGACUGUUUCGCGUGGGCCGGCCGCAGCGUCGUCUUUCUGUACGACGUCCAGCUUCGCCGUCGCUGACCCUUCGUUUCUCUCUCACUCUGCGGCAGGCGUAGAAGGACGCUCGUCUGAUUCUGGUGUGGCGCCUGCUGCUUCGUUUCCUUCAGUUUGUCUGUCGCCCUCGCAUCAGCCGGUGUGCGUGGGGGCGCCUCAGGUCUCGUCGCUUGCCUCCACCCGGGCCGCACCUUCGCAGGGCGUUGCUAGGCUCUCUGUCGCGUCCCCGCGGGCGGGUGGCCUCUAUCCGAGUCUCUCGGGAGGAGUCGCAGGGGGCGACGCACAUUCUCUGUCGAGUAGCCGCAGCGACUGUAGCUUCAGCAGCAGCUGUUCCAGCACAGACAGCGAGGCUGGCAGCACGCGCGGCGGAGCUGCCUACGCGUACCAUUGCCGCCGCCUCUCCUCUUCGUCAUCGACCUUUGCAUCCUCAUCCUUCUCGUCCGCACUUUGCUCUCCUUCCUGGCCGUCUUCCUCUUACGGUUCACGCAGCCCGUCUGGAGCGGGGACGCGGAGAUGCGCUGAGGCCGCGCCCCUGGGCGCGGGGGUUGGCGCGCCUCCUUCGGCCUCCGGGGCGCGCGCUGCAAUCUCUCACCCACCUUCUGCGUCUUGCUCGGUUUCCUUGAGUGGGAAGCGGCCAGCGAGUUCGCUUGCGCGGUUCUCGCCCUCGCGCGGAGGAGCUGGAGGGUUUGCGGCUGCAGAGGAAACGAGCGGGGCGCCGCUGCAGCCCUCGUUUCUUAUUCGUGAGACGCAGGACGGCGAGGAAUUCUUGCUCAACCGGCGCGCCUCGCUCUUUCUAUGCAGUACGGAGUCGCUGCGCUGCCAGCAAACUGCGGAGGGCGUCCUCGCGGGGCUCCUCUACGGCCCGUCAAUCCUGCGGCAGCUCCAGCGGCACUGCUGCGCAUGCGCCUGGGGCGGCGACCGGUCUUCCUGUGCACACCCGAAGGGGUCUUGCCGGCGGGGGGCGCGCGCCUCGGUGCCUGAGGCGCGGGGUGGAGAGAGCCCGGGCGCCGCCGUCGAGGGGCGAGGAGGCGUCGGACUCGACGGGGACGCGGCCGGGGGCACCCAAGAGCAAGGCGACGGGGGUGCAGUCUCGGAAAUAAAAGAGAAGGCCGCUGAAAAGAGUGAAAAGAUGACGCACGCUCGCGCGCAGGAGUGCUGGCUGCGUGGAGACAAGAGCGAGAGGAGCUUUCCAGCGCACACACGGGCGGGGUUUCCUGUCCUUUCGAGGCUCCCGUCGACGACCUGGCCUUCUGCGCGAACCGCCUUCCCCUGUCUCCACGUCGCCUCUUCGGGCUCUCCUCUCGCCCUCGCUCUCAAGGCAAAAAGUCAGACGCUGCACACGGAGUCUGAGCUGCUGCGGCGACUCACGGGCUGGGAGGAGAAGGCGGGUCUGAAGGUGAUGAAGAAGUUCGUCUCGGCGUACGGCUCGUAUCUGUUCCACGGCGUGCCGCCUCCACCGCUCACUGCGGGCGCCUUUCGGUUCGCACCGGGGCCCGCGGUCUUCGACGCCCCGACGACCGCGUCGGUGGCCACGUCCUACGGCGACGUCUCGCGGCAGUCUUCUGCGCUUUUCGUCUCUUCUGAGGAGUCGCGCGCGCUCUCUUCGCCGCCUUCGCCGCCGCCUUCCCAGCCGUCGGCGUCCUUGAAGCAGCCCGACGACGGCACUCUCCUCACGCCCCCCGCGGAGGAACGAGAGGCGAGGAGACAGGACCGCGCGGAGGCCCGCGGGGCUCGUUGGCCAGCGGGACUCGCAGGAAGCGGCUCGCAUGACCUCCUGGCUGCCUCUCUUGGAGACGAGGCGCUGGUUCCAUGCGAGGGUGGGGAGGACGCGCGUGCGAUCUCCGAGGCAUCCCGCGGGCACAACGAGGAGGGAGACGCCUUCUCCGCUUCGCUGCUUCAAGCGAUCUUUCUCGGCGCCGACGUCGUCACGCGCCUCCAGUUCGGCGAAGAAGAAGAAGUUGGGUGGCGCGCUGGCGGCACUUCGCUGCUAGAACUCGUCGGCCGCCUCGAGCAGAUGGCGGACUGGUGUCUAGCCUGUGAAGGCGAGGGCGACGCGAGGAAGGCCCCAGCCCCUCUGCCGUCUGCUGCGUGCACCCCGCCUUGCCGAGGGAAAAUCGAGGCAGAAGGACGGGGGGGUGAGAGUGAAGAGGCCGAGCGCUGCAGGGCGGAGGAAGCUCGGCCGGCGCCACCUCCGCUGCUGCAGAUCUUCGUGACCCACCAGUCUGCGCUGCUGGCUCUACAGGGGGCCUUGGGCGUGCAGACUCCGGACCUGCACGUGCCGCCCUUUGGCUGCUACAUCCUCGCGGAGUUGCUGCGCCUCGCGCCGGCGUGCCGCGCGGAGGGCCAAGACGACGCCUCGUCUGUGGCCUCAGAAGAUAUCGAGGAGGCGACGGGCGUCCCCUCCGACGACGAAAUCGAGAUGCCCGAGGAGGCUCGUGAGGGGGACGGGGGAGAGGAUGCAGGAUUAGCGGGGGAGGAUGAAAGAGAGAACGGAGAAACGGCGGGCGUGUCGUGCGGCUCGAUCCCCAGUACGCGGGGCGAGAGCGCCGUGGCCGCCCUUAAGAGGAGGCCCGUCUCCCUUGGUUCUCCUUCCUCCGUCAGUGCGGAGUCAGAGAAUGACCCCUCCACCUCUUCUUCUCUCUCCCCCUCUUCGUCCUCGCGCGGCGAACCCCAGGAGGCGCCGCCUGGCCAGGUGCCUCAGGAAGGCCUGCCAUCUUCUCUGUCUUCCGCGCCUCCCUCGCCCUCCGCUUCGACUGCGACGUCUUCCUCGUCUGCGGCUCGCUCGUUCGCGCCGGAUCCUCGCCUCGAGCGGCUGACGGGAGUGAAACCGAAGGUGGAGCGACGGCGGCAUCCUGGCUGUCUCGUUCGCUGGACGAUCAACGGCUCAUGCCCCCUGAUUCUUCCUCCCACUCUCCGCUUCGUUCCGGCGGAGACAGGCUCGCCAACUGCUGCGUCGUGUCCCUCGUCGCCUCCGCUGGCGGCCUCCCCCGCGCCCCUGCUCCUCACGCGGCGCGCCGAAGGUGCGAACGCCGAGGGAGGGGAAAUUGUGUCCAAAACUGCAGAGUUCGCGCGAGAGGAGAGUGACGCGAAGGCGGCAGAAGGGGAGAUCCUCGCGUCUCGGCUGCAACAGACGCUCCAAGAGCGAGGGGAGAAGCUGCGUGCGCUGCAGCUCUCAGCGGCCGCGACGGAGUACGCAGCGGCAGACGCGCAGGUGUGGAGUGUGCUGGCGGAGGAGAAAAAGUCGUUUCCUUGUCGGUCGCGUUCGCAGCUUCAUCUGAGGCUGGGACUCGCUGAAGAGGAGAAGGCUGAGGAGGACGAGGCAGCGAGCUGCGGGGUCGAUCAAAACGGCUGCAGGGCUUUGCGCGGCUCGACCCCAGAAGGCUUGCGGGAGGACCCCUCGCAGACAGCCCCUGUCGAAGCCUGGGAGCUGACGCACCUUCUCUGUGGCCGUCGGAUGCCUUGCUUCUGCUUCCACUGUCUUCGGCGCGCCGAGAGCGACCUGGCGCGUGGUCGGAAGUGCGGAGAGAAGGCAGGCUUAGAGGAGACCGAACCGAAAAGGCCGCCCCCGGCGGAAGUGAAGAAGGAGGGAGCCGAAGGCCAGGAGGCAACGUGGAACUCUGACGCGAGAGAGCUGUCACGGGCGGCUAGGGCAGAGGGUGGGUAUGGGGCGAAGUCAAGGGAAAAGGCGGGAGGAGAAGAGUCUCGCUUCAGGGAAGAUGAACUCGAUUUCGAGACGCGGAACCUGGUGGAGUUCGAUCGCCUUCUCGCCUUCUUAGAUGAGAGAAUCGCAAAGUAUGGCAUGCCCCUGCCUGUCGGGGACGGUCUCGGGAGACAGCAGGAGCCUUCGCUUCAAGGGCUGACUUCGAGCGGGAAGGGAGAAGAAGGGAGGAAGAAAAAGGGGGGUAAGUAG